AGAAAUGUCCUCCAGUGAACACGAAGCACCAUCGGCAGCGACAAAUACUUUAAAAGAAGAACCAUUAAAGCUAGCCGUUGCCAUCUCUCUUCUCCGAUCAAAGUUUUUGCAGCGCCAUCCUCCUCCUCCUUCCCUGUCCGAUGACGCUCUUAAAUGGAAGCGGAAGGCGAAGGAGCGAAAGCAAGAGAUUCUCAAGCUCAAGGACGAUCUCAAGGAAGCCGAAGAGGCUUCGCAAUGUGAUAUUUUCCCACAAACUGCUUCUUGCAAGUGUUAUUUUUUUGAUAAUUUGGGGAAAUUAAGCCCUAAUCGACUUGGAGACGGUUCUGAUCGUAGAUUCCAUGAUGUUCUUCGUCGAAGAUUUCUCAGACAAGUUCGAUUGAGAGAGAGAAGGAGAACAUGUAGAUCAUCUCAAAAACGGCGUGCUUUCGGCUUUAGCGAUGAAGAUCAAGCUGAGCAGCUUAGGGCUUCGGUUGAUUUUCUUGUGGAGCUUUGCAGUUCUAGUUCUCCUGUUCAGGAAUCUAAAUUCAAAAAUUGGUCUCACCAAGCUGUGGAUUUCAUUUUAGCGGCAUUGAAGAAUCUCUUAUCGAUGGGAAAGAACUUGGAAUCUGUUGAAGGAGUUGUUAGCAGAUUAAUCAUGUGUUUGGUUAGACAGAUGUCUUCUCCAUCAAGAAGAGAUGAGGCACGUAAAAGUGACACAAAUUCCCAGCUGCACAUCCAACAUUUGCUUCGUAAGCUUGGAUGUCAAUCAUACAUUGGACAACGUAUAAUACUUUCAAUUUCUCAAAGAAUAUCUGUACUGGCAGAAAGUUUACUCUUCUCGGACCCAUUUGAUGAAACUUUUCCUGCCAUGCAUGAGUGCAUGUUUGUAAUGAUCCAGCUUAUUGAGUUUUUGGUAUCGGACUACUUGUUAACCUGGUCAACAAAUGAAGACUUUGAAAACAGUGUUUUCGAAGAGUGGGUGACAUCACUUCUCCAAGCACGUAAAUCUGUUGAAGUUUUAGAAAGCAGAAAUGGUCUUUACGUGCAGUAUAUGGAUCGAGUGGUGGGAGAAUUGAGUAAACUAGUGGGUCAGAGUCCGGCGCUGCUGAAGCUCAAUUCAGGUAUAUUUGAUGCCCUUCUCAGUUAGUUUUAUAUGUGCAACUGCAAAAGUCCUUUAGGUUCAGCCAAUGGGAGUCACAUUACUGAAAAUAAAAAGCGAUUCUUGGGAUAGCAAUGUGUAAACCGUGUGCUUAAAAACAGACAACAAAUUUAUCCAAAAAAAUAUAUAGAGAGAGAGAACAAGUUUAAAGCA